UGACUAACGACUUGUAUCCCUAAUAGCGGUGAGGUUUGGUCGCGUGCCUAAGCGCGAAAAGGCCAAGAUUUUGGCCGCAAUGCAAAAAGUGAACGCAAACUCUCAGCAAAAAGCUCUGUGUGUGGAACUGGAGGACGACAAUCGUCUGUUGACCACAAUCAUCAAAGCCCACGAAGAGACCUGUGAUUACACCCGCGAUAAGGUCGCGCCGCUCAUCGAGAGGUCGCGCACUCAACCGGUUUACGCUCACUGUCCCCCACAAAUGUACAUUUGUACUAAAUUG